CCGCGGCCGCUCCGCCAGCGCAGCGCUCUGCCAGCUGAUAGCCAGGACACAGACACCUCUGAAGUUCUGUGCAUGCUGUGCGCCUUUUUUUAUUUGCUGCAGCAAGAAAAGCCUUUUCUUUUAACCCGGCUUCCUUUGAAGAAGUAGCUCAGGAAGCUCCAUGGCCUCUCAAGAAUCUCAGGGACAAACCAAACUAAUCUUUAAGGAUUACCUCCCUGGUUCUUCUGACAUUCCUCAGCAGAAUGAGCCUGUUGAACCAACAAGUCUCUGGAAGCAAGCAUCACACACUCAUAAUUUGCCACCUGGUCUGGAGUACCUGAACCAGCUGGACCAGAUAAUUAUCCAUCAGCAAGUGGAGCUUCUGGAAGCCAUACUUGGCACAGAGACCUCCAGCAGAUACGAGAUAAAGAACCCCUUGGGACAAAGAGUUUACUUUGCAGUGGAAGAGAACGGCUGCUUUGACCGCAAGCUGUGCUCGCCCCUCAGGGCCUUCACCAUCAGCAUCGCGGACAACGCCGGCCGCGAGGUGAUCCGCGUCAUCCGGCCCCUCCGGUGCACCAGCUGCUGCUUCCCCUGCUUCCUGCAGGAGUUAGAAGUUCAGUCCCCGCCAGGUACAAUAGCUGGGUAUGUUGUACAGAACUGGGACCCUUUUCUGCCAAAGUUCACUAUACAGAAUGAAAGUAAAGAAGAUGUGCUGAAAAUAAUUGGCCCAUAUGCAACCUGUGGCUGUUUUGGAGAUGUUGACUUUGAGGUAAAAGCUCUCAAUGAGAUGACAACAAUCGGCAAAAUUUCCAAGUAUUGGUCUGGAUUUGUCAACAAUGUCUUCACCAACACCGCCAACUUUGGGAUCCAGGUCCCUGUGGAUCUCGACGUGAGGAUCAAGGCAGUCAUGAUUGGUGCUUGUUUCCUCAUUGACUUAAUGUUCUUUGAAAACUCUUUGGAUGGAUUAUAACAAGAUGACAGAAACAAUGAAAUAUGCAGAAUGUGUUUCAGUAGGUAAAAAUGAACAUAAAUUGAUCUUCUUGCUUUGAAGGCUUAUACAUUUCUAAUUCUUUUUCAUUUUCUUCCAGAAAUCGCUUGAGCUUUGGACAUGAUUUUGAACUGCAAAAAUCCUUGUUCCUCAUAGAAAAGACAGGGAGCUAAUGAUGAUGUUUAUUAAAAUAUGUCUCAUGUAAAUAAUAAUUUCCCACCUAUAUUUUUUAUGUGUCAUAGCUAAACACAUACUUUUCACAUAGAGCACUGUUGCUUUGGAACAGUGCUAUUCUCUUCUUUCUCUUUUGAUGUUCCUGCAUGGGAAAUCAUGAAAGAUUAGAUGAAGGCUUGCAGCAUCACUGAUGAAAGUCUAAGUUUAGAGAAGCCUUUGAUGUUUUGCAAGUGCUGGUACCAGUUUCUAACCACAUGAGGGUGUGUUCUGGGGGCUUUGCUUUUUUAUAAUUUUAGAAGUAAUUUUCUGAUUUGUUAUUUAAUUAAUAGUAGCAAACUGAUUUGAAAGUAACAAAUAUAAAGACAUACCCGACAGGAAGUUGAAGAUGUGAUCUAUUUCAGUGAAUUGAAGGAAUGGAAGUUACGUUUGCUAGUAAAUUAAUUUUGUGACAAAGAUUGUUUUAAUGAGGGGCAACCAGAAAUUAGGUUUCCAGCCCUAGACUUGGGAAUGUAAGUUCUCAUCUGAAAAUCUGGUCUUCCACUAUUUGCACUGAAGGCAGGCCAUAGAUGAAGUUUGAGUGAUGGUCCUGUGUGUGCUAGAGGCUCACAAAUCACUUCCCUUUGUACCAGCCAGGGUUAUGGAUCCUUGCUGCCAUCUGCUCAGGGCUUUCCUGAAAAGGUUUGUUCCUCUUUGUGAUAUCUGGUGGCCGGUAAUUUUUCAUUCAGACUUGCCUGAGGCCAUCCUAGGACAGAAUUAUUCUUUUCCUUUGUCAAGCUCAGGUAUUUUCUGUGAUGACCGGGCAGAAGGAGCUUUUUGCAGUUCAGCAGUUUCACAUGGUUGUUCAUUCCUGCAACCACACCUCAUCAGUGUUCCCAAACAGUUCCACCAACUUCUGCUAAUACAAGCUUCCUUUGUAGGAAUGAUAUAUAUGCAAGACAGGAACAGAUUUUUUUGCUGUUGUUGCAAAUUAUUUGCUGUAUGAACUUGCUUAUGCCUCUGAAAAACUCCCUUCAAUAAGCAAACCAGUCAGUACCAUAAAAUAUUGGUGGCAAACCCAAUUGCUCUCAUAGUCACCAGUCAACAGUUUCUAAGGGGAACAUUCUACAAAUCACUAGAAAUGCUGGAUUUUUUUUUCUUUUUUUUUUCCUUUUUUUUUAGUGUCAACCAGUAAUUCAAUUCUUGAAAACAACCAACACAUCAACGGAAAGAGAGGAGAUAAUGAAUAAUUCAUAAAAAUGAAAAAGAGCUAAAUUUAUCAGGUGAUUACUUCUCAACAAAUAUUUAGACUAAUUUUAAAUUAAUGUUCAUGGAUAUGAAUUCAAACACAGUGAAGUCAGGAAGUUGCAACUAACGUUCCCAUAGUGAAAUUAACUCAGGAAUGCUUAUAGAUUUAAACAGUAUGUUUUAGAUUAUAUACCACACUUAGGUAUUUAUACAGAUUUACAUAUGUCUUGAAAAUAAUUGUGGAUAACAAGCUCUGACAAUCAUCAUUAUCUGUUAACCAUUUCACUUCUGGCUCUCGCUGCGACUCGUAGCAGUGCAAUCAGGCUGCACGAAUUGGGAGCUCACAGAAAACCACUGCUGCCACCUUUCCCGGGAGAAGCGCCCUGUGAGCUUCGUGGGCCAGAAGCUCCCUCGUGUGGAAAUUCCGGAAUUUGCAGAGGAAUGCAGAGUUUGCAGAGGAAUGCAGAGUUUGCAGAGGAAUGCAGAAUUUGCAGAGGAAUGCAGAGUUUGCAGAGGAAUGCAGGAUGCUUUUUGCUGUUCUCGCUGUUCUCACACUGGUGCCGUUCUGUUAAAUGCCCGACCUCUGUGCCUGAAUGUAGACUGAGAAAAAGAACCAGUUUAUUUUUUUUUCUCUUUAAAUCCCUUUGCCAUCUUAGACAGAAGUCACUGCUCUUGUAGCCCAUAAUCUUGGGUCUCACGCACUGUUACUGAGCUGUGUGUGUCUGAACACUUGGCUGUAUUCAGUGCCUUAAGAUCAGCAGGAUCCCCACCUAUCUUUCACUUUUCCUCUGCAAUUUCCGGUCUUCUUGUGGCCCUUAAGCCAAAGAUGUCUCUAAGCAGCCUCAUUGUGGUCAACACAAAAUAAGUUUUUAUUUAGCUGCAGGGCUAAAUUUAGCUGUGAGUGUCCAUGUAUAUACUUUGUAGGUAAGCAAUAUGUGCAUAUAAUUUUCAGUUAAUUCCAACCAGAUGAUAACACUGGAUUUCUCACACUUAGUGACUUUGUUGCUGUUUUUUUUUGUUUUAAUACAAAUGUUUUUUGCUGUUAAUGUGUAUGUAUAUGAGUAAGUUUGAAUGCCUCUGUUUACGUUCAGGGGCAGCUUCUGGGACAUACAAGAACAGGCUCAUCCUCUGGAUAAAACAAGCAGUGGGGCUGGGACAGCUCUUGGUGCUUAGAACUCCCUCAGCAGGCUGCUUGACCUCUGUGCCACCCUUCUGCAUCCUGGUGGAAAUUCAGUGCCAAUGCCAGUGCUUUUCCAGCUGGGAGAUCUCUCCUCUAAACCACAGCUGCCACUCAGGGCAGGUAUCCAUCCUCAGCAGAGUUCAUGGAUUCUGCAUGAUGUUGCUAAAGAAGAGCUAAUGUGUUCUAAGAUCUUAAUAACCCGCAGCUCUAACUAGUAACUCUUAUUAACAGCAAUGUGUUUCACGUUGUGGGAGCCACAUAUGCUCACUUUUCACAGAACCCUUGGGCUAGGAGUGGGUCCCAAAGGAGAAUUCAGUAUCUCCCAAAGGGUCACAGAGUUUUUCUAAAGCAAAUUCAUAUCCUGGAUUUCAUCUAGAAAGAAAUGUGAUUGCUCUAAAGAAACAGAAAUUUUACUUAAUCCAGCCAAGCAAAUAUUUCUGAUCAGUAGCCGAACUGUAAACCUGCGUAGUUCACACUGCUUGUGUUCAGUAGAUGGCAGCAACAGCUCAUUAUGACAGUAUUUAGCUUUUCACACAUCACAAGCUGCACCCAGGAUGCCGAUGGAAGUUCAACAUACCUUUAACCUCUGAUUAAAUUCUGCUCUUAACUGAAGGAUUUUAUUUUCUCUGUCUAUAUUAAACCUUUGCCACACAAUACUGGAUUAUCUUUAUUGCCUGCAAUUUACAGCUGACCUGUUAGUUAUUUUAUGAGAUCUGGUCAGGGCAUGGGCAGAAUAAAGUCUAC